AUGGCACAAGCCAGUACCACUGCUCUUGUUGUGAUUGCCGUUCUCUUUGUCUUUCCAAGCAUGAUUUUGGCAAAACAAUAUGUCGUUGGCGACGAUCUAGGGUGGGAUGGUACUGCCGAUUACCAAGCUUGGGCUGACGGCAAAAGUUUCCAAGAAGCUGGUAACCACGAUGUUGCUCAAGCAGCAAGCGCUGAGGAUUUUGAUAACUGUGCUUCAUCUCCAGACAUGGGUACAUACAAUAGUGGCAAUGAUGCGUUAGCCUUGAACGUGGCCGGAACCUACUAUUUCUUAUAUGACUAUCACUGCGAUGUUGCUCAGCAAAAGUUUAUGGUCACUGUGAGCUAG